AUGGAACAAAGGAACAAGACCCUUGUCACAGAAUUCGUACUCGCUGGUUUCUCCUCCGACCCAAACCUUCAGCUUCCUCUCUUCCUCGUCUUCUUGUUAGUCUACAUGGUAACCGUCCUGGGUAAUCUUAUGAUCAUUGUAUUAGUUACAGUAACUCCAGGCUUACAAACACCAAUGUACUUCUUCCUUAUGAACUUAUCCUUUGUAGAUGUCUUUUAUUCAUCAACUAUAACACCUAACAUUAUGGCCAACUUCUUCUCUGUUAAGAAGACAAUCUCCAUUACUGGUUGUGCAAUUCAAAUGUUCUUCUUCAUUGAUCUGGCGAGCACAGAAGGGAUGAUACUUGCAGUGAUGGCCUAUGAUCGAUAUGUAGCUAUAUGUAAACCGCUGUAUUAUAAAAUAAUUGCAAGCGAAGCAACAUGUCUGCAACUCGUUUUCUCAGUAUACACAGCAGGAUGUGUUAAUUCAUUCAUUCAUACAUAUAGUGCAUUUAUCUUACCAUUUUGUGGGUCUACCCAUAUCAACCAUUUCUACUGUGAUAUUAAUCCCAUUUUAAGACUAUCAUGUAAAGAUACAUAUCUUAACCAAGUAUUCUUAUUUGUUGUUGCGGGUUCUAUUGAAGUGGGAUCCUUUUUAUGUAUAGUGAUAUCAUACACCUACAUUAUAUUUGCCAUAUUUAGAAUUGGAUCUUCUAGAGGUAGAAGCAAAUCACUCUCCACUUGUAUUUCUCAUUUUACAUGUGUAGCCUUAUUCUACUGUCCAGUUUUCUUCAUGUAUUUGCGACCAAAUUCUGCCUAUGCAGGGGAUCAGGACUGGAUGGUGUCAGUGUUCUAUACAGUGAUAAUACCAAUGUUAAAUCCCAUGAUCUAUAGCUUAAGAAAUCAAGAUGUAAAACAAGCUCUGGUAACAUUUAAAGUAUUUAGUUUAUAA